GAGUUGAGCAGCGGAAGGGUUUUGGGUGCUGUUAGGGUGAGUGAGUGAAAAUGGUAGAAACAAUAAGAAAGACAAUUACCAAUAAUUAAAGAAAAUAGCAGUGGGAGUUUCAGAGUCCUUUGUGAAAUUGCUUCUCUUCCUUCUCCGUGCAGUGCAGGUUUUGGGGUGAGUUUUUCAAAUUUCUGCAAAAAUGGAAUCGGUGCCAAACGGGGAGGAACCCACUUCGUGGGAUGAGCUAUACAACAUCAAUUUGAUGCCUUCCGAGUUGUUCUUCAAGUUCCGAAAAGAACUUCAGGGCAUUCGAGUUGGUCUCAAUAUGGAGUUCUACAAUGCCCCAGUCAAUGAAUAUCAAGCCAAGCUUGUAUUGAAGCCUUUAACACCUGAAUGGAAGUGGAAGAUAAUUUAUGAACCCCUUCAUCAUGACGUUAGAGUUCUCUCAAAAAAGAUCCCCAUCACCAAAUUUCUUAAUCUUCAGGUUGGUAUAGGACACAAUUUUCAAAUGCAUGCUACUGGUUGGAAAUGGAAGCUUACCACAUGUUUGGGUGGAGAUGGUAUAUCCCGGAUCCGAAAUAAGACAUCAGUUGGCUUGUUUCCUGGUUUUGACUUACGGUUUGGAUGGAAGGCGGACUAUGUUCUUCCUGAAAUUACUGGGGCUCUGGGUACUGAUGAACCAUUGUUCAACAUGCACUCGGGACGACUACAAGCCUCGCUAGAUAGAGUUGAGGCCAUCUUGACCCACAGUGAUGAUGCAUGAUUUGGUAUAGAAGAUAAUGUUAAUGAGUUUCUGCAGUGUGCAAGUCCAAUUUUGAAAUGUUGCCUACCUGCUUGUAAUGCAUACAAGUCUCAAAAGUGGAGUCAAGAUGAAGCUGAGAAAGUUUUUUGUAAAUCGUGACAUGGCCCCCAUUUAAAAGUAAUGGAGCGUCUGAUACUCUGAGAAAACUACUCGUGUACUCAAAGGGACUAUUUUGCCUUGUGCAUACAUUAUUUUUACUUGCUUUUCCAUUGCAAUAAUUUGUACAUGUGCCUGUAAUUUAUAGCUGUUUCGGAUCCAAAUUUAAGAUGUUGCAAAUUUCUUGAUUGCUCCCCUAAAUAUCCCUGUUCUACCAGACAGAAGAAGAAUGUGGAAAUUUGAGUGUGGAAUAUUCAAUUGUCAUUUGCUCUCUAA